CGAUAACCUUGAGACAGCGCAGAAGCGUCAAGAGGAACUUAUCAAGAUGUGCGAAGAUGCGCACUUGGAGGCUGCAAAGAGCGCAUCCCUUAUACAACAUAUAGUUGAUGAAGAGAAAAGGAAGCUACGCGAGGAGUACGAGGCGCAAAUCGAGGCCGAUCGAAUGGCGCACCACGAAGUGGUGGCCAAGUUGGAGAAGGAGAAACUAGACUCGGAGCAGGAUUCAGGCGCCCAGAGAAGUGAAAUUGUCAUUUUGCUUCAAGAUAAGAGUGCCCUGAAGAAGGAGAAUAAAGUCUUGACGAACGAUAAUAAAAGGCGCUUGUCGGAGAUCAAGGCGCUUAAGCAAGAGGAGGCGCUAGAAGCACAAUCAGCGAACUACGCCAAGUCACCCGCUGGCCAGGCGCUCAAGGCAGAGGCUUCCCUGAAAAGCAUCCUCAUAUUAAAGAAGAAGUUGGAAGCUGAGCAUCCCGACCUCAACUGGGACGUUACCUCAAUGGUGGAAUAUGUGAUAGCAUACAUGGAGAGUGGGCGCCAAGUUACGGACGAGGCGCCUGAAGAAGGUGACGAUGAAGAAUCAGAAGAUGGCCAUUCUAGUUCUGACACCGGCGGUAGUGGUUGGGCUGGCGUGGAAGAGUAGUGCUCUUCCUCUUGUAUAUUUUGAGGUAUAAGUUGGCGCCCCUUAAACUCUUUAUGGUGCCUUGAGUUCUUUUUCUUAAAAAAUGACUAUCGUUUUUUUUAUGGUGGGCGAGAGGAGGCACCUAAGACAAUUUUUGUCUUGCCUUGUGUUGUGUCGAGGUAAUGAAUAUCGUCUUCUUCG